CUUUUGCUCUGUCUUUUCUUUCUCUCAACACCUCCAUUGCAUUGAGACAGGGAAGGGAGAGAGAGCUUCUUGCUUUCACCUACUAUGCCUCCACCUCCUCCUUCUAGACCCAGUCUCAACGGCAACACCGGUCAUCAUCACCAACCUCCUCUUCCUCCUCCUCCUUCUAGACCCAGUCUCAACGGCCACACCGGUCAUCACGUCCCUCCUCCUCCUUCUCACACGGCGAGGCAUCAGCAACCGUAUUACCGUAGCUACUCCUCCUCCUCAUCAGCCUCUCUCAAAGGAUGCUGCUGCUGCCUCUUCCUCCUCUUCGCUUUCCUAGCACUCCUAGUACUCGCAAUAGUACUGAUCGUGAUACUAGCGGUGAAGCCGAAGAAACCACAGUUCGAUCUACAGCAAGUGGCGGUAAUGAACAUGGGAAUCACCUCCUUAGAUAACCCCAACCCCAGCGUCUUGGAUCCGACCACCGCCUCACUCUCCUUCACAAUCCGGAUGCUAUUCACCGCCGGGAACCCGAACAAAGUCGGGAUCAGGUACGGUGAGUCCAGCUUCACGGUGCUGUACAAAGGCUUACCUCUAGGGAGAGCGACGGUGGCGGGGUUCUACCAGGACGCGCACAGUACGAGGAACGUGGAGGCGACGAUUGCUGUGGAUAGAGUUAAUCUUAUGCAAGGUAACGCCGCUGAUCUGGUUAGGGACGCUUCGUUGAAUGAUCGAGUCGAGCUUACGGUUCGUGGAGACGUUAGUGCUAAGAUCCGAGUGAUGAACUUCGAUUCCCCAGGCGUUCAGGUAUCGGUGAACUGCGGGAUAGGUAUUAGUCCGAGGAAGCAAGCUUUGAUUUACAAGCAAUGUGGUUUUGAUGGCCUUAGCGUCUAAUUUCAAACUGUAACAUAUAAAUUCUACUGACCACUCCCAAACUGUGUGGAGGAGUUGCAAAAGAAAAAGUUAGAAGUUCCAAAGCCAAAAGUGGUAAAAAAACGGAACAAAGGAUCCAUCUUGGAAGUUUUGUGUGUUUUUGUUUCCUUUGUACAAGCAAAUAUUUGGAAAAGCAACAAUGUUGUUUACUGAAGUCACUAAUCACUUGAGUAAUUAGCACUUGUUUCA